GGAAGCUAAAAAAAAUAACCGGAAGUGUGCGUCACUUCCCUGUUCUGCAUCUGACGUGUCUAAAACAGUUUUGCAUUAGUGGUGGAUUUGACUCGUUGGGGACUUAUUAUCUAUUGGACUAAUAUCUGAUACGUGGUGGCAAGAUGCUAGAUUUCUUCACCAUCUUCAGUAAAGGGGGCAUAGUGCUGUGGUGUUUCCAGGGAGCCGGGGUCACUGAAUCCUUCGCCGGGCCUGUCAACGCUUUGAUCCGCUCCGUGAUCCUUCAGGAGCGAAGUGGGAACAAUUCAUAUACUCACGAGGCCUUGAGUCUGAAAUACAAGCUCGACAAUGAGUUUGAGUUGAUUUUUGUGGUGGGUUUUCAAAAGAUCCUGACGCUGACGUAUGUGGACAAGUUCAUAGAUGACAUUCAGCUUCAUUUUAGGGAUCGUUAUAAGAAUGAGCUGGAGCAGAAGGGGGCUUUGAAGCUAAUCCAAAACAACUUUGAAUUUGAUGAUGACUUUAAGAUGCUUCUCAGAGAGGCGGAGGAGAGCAGCAAAGCUCGGAGCCACGCCACCAUGCGGACCUUUAAGGAGUCUGAGAAAUCUCAAAAAACUGUGAAGUCAAUGAUUGAGACCAAGGGUGGGGAAAAAGUUAAGGAGCCUGGUGGAAAGAAGAACAAAAAUACCAAAAAGGAGGCUCCUGCAGCUGAGCCUGUCAAAUUGGAACAAGGCAAGGCCUCAUCCUCAGGGUCAAAGGUAGUCCAGAAUGGUAACCAAGGCUUGACUCCUGAAGAGAUCAUUCAGAAGAACCGAGAGGAAUUUUUUCACAAGCGCACGAUGGCACCUGCUGCAAAACCCACUCACAGCAAGUCCCCAAAGCCUCAGAAGCCUAAGGAGAAACAAAUGCGUGUUUGGGGGGUGGUCGGUAGCAGCACCAAGGAGCUGGACUACAGUGGAAGGAAUGGAGAUGGUUCCCAAAAUGGUGGCGAUCAGAACCAGGAAGCACACAUUGACCUGGGGAUGCAGCUAAACUCCAUGAAGGGUGACCUGCUGUCUGUGGACUAUGAGUCCAGCGAGGAAGAGGAGAUGGAGGUUGAAGAAGAAGAGAAACUGGUUAUCAAUGAAACAAGCAAGACAAGCUCCAAAAAAGGUGGUGGCUUUGGAGGCAUGUUUGGGAUGCUGAAGGGCCUGGUGGGCUCCAAGAGUCUGACCCGGGAGGACAUGGAGUCAGUACUUGAGAAGAUGAGGGAACACCUCAUUGCAAAGAAUGUAGCAGCCGACAUCUCCUCCCAGCUCUGUGACUCUGUAGCCAAAAAACUGGAGGGCAAAGUCAUGGGCACAUUCACCACUGUGGCCUCAACAGUAAAGCAGGCUCUGCAGGACUCACUGGUGCAGAUCCUGCAGCCCAAGCGAAGGGUAGAUAUUCUGAGAGAUGUCAUGGAGGCGCAGAGCCAGCGAAGGCCUUUUGUCAUUACUUUUUGUGGUGUCAACGGGGUUGGAAAGUCCACCAACCUGGCCAAGAUCUCGUUCUGGCUAAUAGAGAAUGGUUUCACUGUGCUGAUCGCAGCGUGUGACACGUUCCGUGCCGGGGCCGUGGAGCAGCUCCGCACUCAUCAGCGCCGCCUGAACUCUCUGCAUCCUCCCCAGCAGCACGGAGGACGCCCUGUAGUCCAGCUCUACGAGAAGGGCUACGGGAAGGAUGCUGCUGGAAUUGCCAUGGAGGCCGUUGCCUAUGCGCGCAACCAGUCCUUUGACGUGGUGCUGGUGGACACUGCUGGCCGGAUGCAGGACAAUGCCCCCCUAAUGAUAGCCCUGGCCAAACUUAUCGCGGUCAACAUGCCUGACCUAGUCCUGUUUGUUGGAGAGGCUCUGGUGGGCAAUGAGGCAGUUGACCAGCUGGUAAAGUUCAAUCAGGCUCUGGCAGACCACUCCAUGUCUGACAAGCCUCGCCUCAUCGAUGGAAUUGUUCUCACUAAGUUUGACACCAUCGACGACAAGGUUGGCGCCGCCAUCUCCAUGACUUACAUCACAGGCCAGCCCAUUGUGUUUGUGGGCACAGGGCAGACCUACAACGACCUGCGCAGCCUCAACGCCCGCGCUGUGGUCAGUGCCCUGAUGAAGGCUUAAGCAUGUACCGCUGUUUAUUCAUCGUCGCAAAGAAGCCAACAAUACCUUUUGCCACGCUGCCGUGAGAUGUUCCAGCCCUGCUAACCUGUUUCUCAUCCUCCUGCCCGCUCUACUUUGCAUCAAAUGAAGGACUCAUGCCAUGCAAAGGGCUGUAUUCUGCCAGUAAAGGACAAGUGUGCACUUUGAAAGACAGAACAUUUUGCAACAAAAGCCAGAGGGGCCUCCCUUUUUGAAUCGUUUCUAAACUUCUGGGCUUACACUGAAAAAAGUACCUCAGACAAGCCAUUUUUAAACAAUGGCCACAUCCAAAUGACAUUUUAGCCGACUAAAUGGACCUAGGCUUUAAAUGUCACCAGUUUAAUGGUUAACACAGUAAAGACUUUAACAAAAAAUAUCCCUACCUGGCAUUUUGUCAGUCAGUUUUCCCCUCUACAUGUAAAUGAGGUCAGGUGGUGAAGGCUUGCUGGAUGUGACAUUUCAGCAGCUGCCUGUGCCUGAGGAAAGCUUAGUGACCAUUGUGCCUAAUAAUCCAUUUCCAGUCUUCUUAGUUAACACUUUCACUACAUGGGUGGUUUUCCGUCAGGAGUACCACGGCAGUUCAGGUCAGAAACCUGUUUGCAACAUCCAGUCAUAAAGUAGGCGCGAAUAUCAACACUUAGGAAGUUAAAUGUUGUACUCUCCUAAUCUCUCUAAUCCAAAAAUGGAAUGACAAACUAGUACACAUGUUCUGGAUUGAUUGUUCUAUGAAAGUUAUCUCCCAGAGCUUCUUGCCUGCCUAACACAGUCAACAUAUUUUCAUUAUAAUAUGAGACUUUGAGUUUAUAGUUGAUGAAAAGUGAAAAGAUAUUUUGUAACUUAAUUUUUUAGUUCUUGCAGGUUUGUCUAUAGAUUUUCAGACUACACCUCCUGUGUGGUUUGUGGAAGUUCUGAGCCUUUUUAUUUAUGUUUUCUCCUCUGAUUUACUCUUCAUUUGCAAGAAGAAAUACAAGUCUUAAAAUAUCUCUAGCCCCCUUUAAUUUGUGGUAGAGCAAUAUGCGUGAAUCAAGAGUUAAAGACAAUUUGAGCUAAUUUAUGAGAAUGUAAAAAUUUCUAAAUAAAGAUGCUAUAUGCUAUGACAGCCUGUAAAGUG